AUCACAUCAGAUCAAAUAAACGGCAAUAUGAACUACAUCUUCCAAGAUGGAGAUGAGAUACAACCAGUCAGCUUCCUCAAUGAGCUUCGUAAACUAAUGGGUCUGACCACUACAACGUUGUCUCCACUCUCAACAAGCAGCUUCCCUGUGACGUCUUUCCAGCAAAUAUCUGGUUCAGCAGAGGUUACAAGCAAGCUGGUGUUCAACUCCUCAUCUCCAGUCCCCAGUGAAGCUUUGGUGCUCAGUGCUAUCAACAUUCUCCUGGAAUCUAGAGUUUCACAACUGAAAGAAACAGUCAAGCUGAUGAAUGUCAGCUAUGAAAAAAUCUCAGACACCUCCUAUGCAGUCUUCUUCACAUUUACCUUGAGUAACAUCAGCAUGCCAGAAGACCAAGAGCUUAGAAACAACACUUACAAGCAAGUGCAGGACAUGAUCAAUGAGGCGCUGAACACUCUUCUGAAUGAUCCAAACAGUGUGAAGUUUAACCCCAGCUCCUCCAACUUCACGAGCACAUCAGAUCAAAUAAACGGCAAUAUGUAUUACACCUUCCAAGAUGGAGAUGAGAUACAACCUGUCAGCUUCCUCAAUGAGCUUCGUAAACUGAUGGGUCUGACCACUACAACGUUGUCUCCACUCUCAACAAACAGCGUCCCUGUGACUUCUUUCCAGAAAAUAUCUGGUUCAGCAGAGGUAACAAGCAAACUGGUGUUCAACUCCUCAUCUCCAGUCCCCAGUGAAGCUUUGGUGCUCAGUGCUAUCAACAUUCUCCUGGAAUCCAGAGUUUCACAACUGAAAGAAACAGUCAAGCUGAUGAAUGUCAGCUAUGAAAAAAUCUCAGACACUUCCUAUGCAGUCUUCUUUACAUUUACCUUGAGUAACAUCAGCAUGCCAGAAGAACCAGAGCUUAGAAACAACACUUACCAACAAGUACAGGACAUGAUCAAUGAGGCGCUGAACACUCUUCUGAAUGAUCCAAACAGUGUGAAGUUUAACCUCAGCUCCACCAACUUCACGAGCAUAUCAGACCAAAUACAUGGCAAUAUGGAUUACACCUUCCAAGAUGGGGAUGAGAUACAACCUGUUAGCUUCCUCAAUGAGCUUCGUAAACUGAUGGGUCUGAGCACUACAACAACAUCUCCGCUUUCAACAAGUAGCUUCCCUGUGACUUCUUUCCAGCAAAUAUCUGGAUCAGCAGAAGUGACAAGCAAACUGGUGUUCAACUCCUCAUCUCCAGUCCCCAGUGAAGCUUUGGUGCUCAGUGCUAUCAACAUUCUCCUGGAAUCCAGAGUUUCACAACUGAAAGAAACAGUCAAGCUGAUGAAUGUCAGCUAUGAAAAAAUCUCAGACACCUCCUAUGCAGUCUUCUUCACAUUUAUCUUGAGUAACAUCAGCAUGCCAGAAGACCCAGAGCUUAGAAACAACACUUACCAGCAAGUGCAGGACUUGAUCAAUGAGGCGCUGAACACUCUUCUGAAUGAUCCAAACAGUGUGAAGUUUAACCCCAGCUCCUCCAACUUCACGAGCACAUCAGACCAAAUACAUGGCAAAAUGGAUUACAUCUUCCAAGAAGGAAAUAAGAUACAACCUGUCAGCUUCCUAAAUGAGCUCAAUAAACUCAAGGGAGUGAGUUCUACAAUGUCUCCACUUACAACCAUUAGCUUCCCUGUGACGUCAUUUCAGCAAAUAUCUGGAUCAGCAGUGGUGACAAGCAAACUGGUGUUCAACUCCUCAUCUCCAGUCCCCAGUGAAGCUUUGGUGCUCAGUGCUAUCAACAUUCUUCUUGAAUCCAGAGUUUCACAACUGAAAGAAACAGUCAAGCUGAUGAAUGUCAGCUAUGAAAGUAAGUGUUGUCAUUUUUAG